GAGAUUUCUCCCAUGGAGAUAGUUCUUAGAGUUUAAAAGGAUAACAAGAAACAUUUUGAAAACUCCUAAUUUAUAUAUCAAAAAGUUUGGAUGCUGCCAGAAAACGAAUCUUCGGAAUUACCGUCUUUCCGGAAAUCGAACGUCAUCGGUCUUUCAGCAUUUCCAUCAUCCGAGACCAAAAUGAAGGACCAGAACUUUUUUACGAUAAAGAAAAAAGAAGAGAUUUAUGAGAUCCCUGAAAAGAAAGAACAAGAAGUCGUUGGAAAAUUAAAAACAAUUUUCAAAAUCUUAAAAUACGCCAACAGUAAGGAUACGACCAUUCUCAUAAUAGGUACCCUCGCUGCCGUUGGGACUGGACUUUUAGGCCCCAUCAAUGUCUUCAUCCUCAUGACACCUCUUUUGACUAGCUUCAUCGACUCGAAGCCCGGAAGUCCGAUUCACAUAAAUGUGACAGUUGAGUUUGCAGAGUUUGGCUACAGGUAUUUCAUGUUCGGGGGGAUGAACAUUGUAUUCAGCUUCACUCAGAUAAUGGCAUCAGAAAUAGCUUCGCGUAAUAUAAUGUUGAAGAUAAAGUCUAACUUCAUAAGAAAGAUGAUGUCUUUAGAAAUGAGCUCUUAUGACAGAUACCAAGAAGAGCUGGUUUGUAAUGUCUCACAUGAUUUGCAGAAGAUGAUAGUCUUAUUUGACAGUACGAUGACAUCUGCAGCAGAGAUGAUAUCAUUUUUCUUUUUCGGCUGCGUGGCUGGGUUCGUUGUGUCUUGGGAAGUAGCGCUGAUGACACUGAUAUUGAUGUUGAUUUCUAUGACAGUGACAUACUUUAUAAUGAAAGCAUCGAAAAAAAGAGAAAAAUUGCAGGAAAAUUAUAGUGGAAAAUGUAUCAAAAUUGCCUCUGAAGUAAUAGAAAAUUCUCGAUUGGUAGCUGCAUAUGGUGGCAAAUAUAAAGAAAUAGAAAGGUACAAGAAAGCAUACAAAGCGGCUGAUAAACAUGGAUUAAAACAUGCUUUAAUAAUAUCUAUGGCAAAAGCUUUUAACUAUUUCCAAUUGUGUACCUGCUAUAUGAUCACCUAUUACUUCUCAGUGAGGUUGUAUUUAGUUGGCCAUUUUAAUCCUGGUUAUAUGGCAAUCAUUUUAUCAACGCAAAUCAAUGCUAUAUAUCACUGUACCUACUUGUUCAGUACUGUGUCUGAACUCAUCAGAGCGACAUGUUCAGCUUACAAAGUAAUGAAGUUUCUUGAUGCGGAGACUAACUAUAACAAAACUCUAAGGCAAUGUAUCGCAUCAAACAUUUUCGAGAAUAGUGUCUCCUUCAGAAAUGUUCAAUUCUCAUACCCUACAAGCUUAGAUACAAAGGUUCUCCAUGAUCUGACUUUGGACAUCGAACCUGGUAAGAUUACAGCGAUCGUGGGGACUAGUGGCGCAGGGAAAAGUUCUAUUAUAGACCUUAUUACAUGCCUUUAUGAUGUUACUGCUGGACAGAUUCUUAUUGGUGGAGUGGACAUAAGGAAAUUCAAUGUCAAUUGGCUAAGAAGUCAAAUUAGUGUUGUGGGGCCGGAACCCUUACUCUUCGAUGUUUCUGUCGAAGAGAACAUCAGAUAUGGUAAAACUACUGCGACUUUGGAAGAGAUCAUCGAAGCAGCAAAAAUUUCCUAUGCUCAUCGAUUCAUAGAGAAAUUACCAUUCAGUUACAGUUCAAUCAUUGGUGAAAUAAGUACAAAACUGUCAAGAGGUCAACAACAGAGGAUCAUCCUUGCAAGAGCUAUCAUCAGAAAUCCAAAACUGCUACUUCUUGAUGAAGUGACUUCUUCCUUAGACUCUCAUUCAGAAGGCAUUGUCCAAGAUGCCCUUGAUAAUGUCAUGUGUAAUCGUACAACCCUUAUAAUCACUCACAAAAUGACUACAGUGAGGAAAGCAGAUAUUAUUUAUGCCAUGAAAGAAGGGUGUGUCGUGGAAAAAGGCACUCACAGCCAACUAAUGGAGCUUAAAGGGUAUUACUACUCAAUGGUCCAGACUCAUGAACUCGAGGAGAAGGACAAAGCUGUUACCAUAAAUCAAGGAAGUGCCAGUAAAGAGGAAUUUAUUGAGCCAUUUGAUAUUGGCAAGAGUCGGGCAAAUUCGGAGGUGCCAGAGAUUGAAAAAGACUUAAGACUGAGAACAAAAAAUCUCCGUGUGAUGGCUGUCUGUUUGCUAGCCAUUUUGUUUGCUGCUGUUACAUCAGCGUUUCUUCCCUCCUUUUAUUCUUUCUUCAGUCUCUUUUGCCAUUCUUACAUCCACCAGGAAAAACAUGCAAUUCCAAUAACCAUUGUUGAUGUUAGUAUUCUGAUCGUAAUGGGCGUGGUUGCAUUUUUCUCCGUGGUUUUGUCUGGUAUGAUGUCAACAAUUGCAACUCAACUAUGGUUGGAAAAACUGCAGAAAAAAGUUUUUAAUAAAAUAGUUUCCAUGGAAAUUUGUUGGUUUGACAAAAGUGGUAAUUCUCCUAAUGAAUGCCUGGAGGUAUUAACAAACAGUCCACCGCUCAUCGAAUCAGUGACAGGAGAAAGGGCAUCGCAAGUUGCAAUAUUUAUACUUUCGUUACUAUUCUCUUUUGUAUAUUCGUUGUUCAUCAGUACAAAAGUGACACUGGUAAAUUUACCAAUCAUCAUAAUCUUCUUAAUCAUCAACUGUUUGAGAAUGAAGUCUAGAGAUGCUGAUACCAGGUCUGCUUCCCUUGCGAUCAGGUCAGCCAAGGUAGCGAUUGAAUAUGCUCAAAAUGUCAGAACAAUCAAAAUACUCAACUGUCAAAAGUAUAUAAUAAACCAAUAUCGGGAUAUGCUUUCUGUUUCUAAGAGGGAUGCUUUCGUAAGUAUAGUAUGGUAUGCAGUCGUUUACGCUGUGUCCAAGACUCUGAUCCGGCUGUCAAUGGGGACAACAUUCAUGUAUGGUGCUAACGAUAUUUCAAAUGGUGAUGUCCGAGGAACAUCACUUAUUGGUGUAGUAAGUGCCUUGAACUUAGCUUCUGCACUGGCUGGUCCUGCAUUAAUUUCGAUUAAACAGUAUCCUGCAGCGAGACAGGCUAUAACUAAAUUCUACAGAAUCGCAUAUUCUAAAACAUGUGACUUUGUAUUGAAACAAUAUGGUGUUAAACCAGAAAUCAAUGGAAGCAUUAUUUUCAAAGAUGUGGUGUUUUCUUAUCCAACUAAAGAAGAUGUCCAGGUUUUCAAAAAGCUGAAUCUUAAGAUCGAAGCAGGAAAAACGGUAGCUCUAUUAGGUGACUCAGGGUGUGGCAAAUCGACCAUCAUCUCGCUACUAGAGAGGUUCUAUCAUCUAAAUGAAGGGAAAAUUAUGAUUGAUGGAUAUGACAUCUAUGACAUAAACGUAAGAUAUUUGCGAAGCCAAAUGGGUUUUGUUUCUCAGAAGCCAGUUUUAUUCGAUAUGACAAUAAAAGAAAACAUCCUGUAUGGUUUAGAAGAAGAGGUUACAAUGGAUAAAGUUAUUGAAGCUGCAAAACUAGCAAAUAUUCACGACUGUAUAAUGAAUUUUCCCCAGGCUUAUGAUACUCUUGUUGGCGAAAGAGGUUCAAACUUAUCGAGUGAGCAAAGGCAAAGGAUUGCGAUUGCUAGAGCUGUCCUCAGGAAUCCCAAGAUAUUACUUCUGGAUGAAGCUACUUCCGCGCUGGAUACACAGAGUCAAAAAGCUGUACAGGAAGCAUUAGAGAAUGCUUCCGUUGGUAGAACAACCAUUGUGAUAUCACACCGACUGUCAAUGAUCCGGAAGGCAGAUAAGAUAGUUGUACUGCAAUCAGGUGUAGUCAUGGAAGAAGGAAAUCAUGAACAGCUGAUGGAAAGAAGAGGAUACUAUUUCAAUUUGCAUAAUAGAUAGUCUAUCAAACAAUUCACUUAUUAUUGAGUUAUCAAAUAAGUCCUUUCAGUUUUUUUUCUUUCAGCAAACACAAUACUAAGCUAGUUUCAACAAGAGUUAACAGAUAUAGUUGUUGACUUAUUAAAAACAAGAUAAACAAUCCACCUUAAGGAUUAAUUCAUCAGAUAAGAAGUGUAUCAUAGUGACACAAAAAUAAACAGAAAAACCGAAAGGACUUAUUUGCCAACUUAUACUUAACAUGGAUCUCACAAAAUUUAAAUAUUAUAUUUUCGAACUGAUAUUAUUUAUUUUACUCAUUUUUAAUAUUAUAUGUAUGUAUAUAACGCAAUGAUAAUUAAUAAAUUUGUAUUAAAACUAUUAUAAAUUUUUAUUUAUUUUAUAGUAAAAUUUUAAGUAUUUACAAUUAUUUUUAAAUAUAGGUAUAUCUUCCAUUAAAAUAAAAGUAUAAAAGUAAAAUUUUUUUAUAUUUAUAAGGUACAAUCUUCAAACCCUGAAUAAUGUGUCUUUUUUUCUGGUAUAUUAGAGUGCCCUACAUGUGUCUCAAAUAUCAUAUUUAGUGAACUUCUUCAUUGAAAAAAUAUACUUUUAAUUAGUCAUUUUAACUAAGUUUUUAUUUCCUACCUGCUGUUGUUUGUAGCUUCGUUUUUGGCAUAGGUGUAAGUAUUGAUUCCAAAACACAUUUUCACCUAUUUUUGUAAAUGGGGAAGAUUUGGAUGUCAUUUGCACUAAUAUUGAUAACGAAUAUCCUAAGAAUAAGAAAUAUGCCGUGUUAACCCUUUAACUGCAGACGGGAUACAUGCAUUCCCGUUAAGAGUUAGGUCACUGGUACGGAAGGGAUAUAUGCCUUCCCGGUAGUGAGUUGGGUCAAUUUUGCGGCCAGGAUAUAUGCAUUCCGGCCAGAGCAGUCGUCACUUAAACAGGUAGGGGCAAGUCCUGCAUUCACCAUUUGACUUGUGGCUUGGUCUGUUCAUUAGUCCCCUGUAGCUGAGACUCAGUGUGUUCAUUCCCAAUUCUGACGAUUUGGAAGGCAUAAGUUGCAGAUUUAUUCUGAACCCAACGUAUGUCCUUCCUCUGUUAUUUGUAUCCUAUCCAUGGUCAUAUUUAUAUUCUAUUUUAAUGUUUUAUACAUCAAAUAAAUUGUAAUAAGUUAAUUGUAUAAU